AUGACUGGCGGCGACAUCUCGGACGAUGCGCUACAACUCGCGGCUCUGGGGCAUACCCAGGAAUUGAAACGGACCUUUUCGCCGCUGGCUAUGCUCGGCUUAGCAUUCGCCAUCCUGAACUCAUGGACUGCGCUGGCGACGUCGUUGUCAGUGGCCUUGCCUAGCGGUGGCCCUACCUCUGUCCUUUGGGGACUCAUCACGGCAGGCAUUUGCAAUCUAUGUCUUGCAGCAAGUCUAGCAGAGUUCCUCAGCGCGUAUCCCUCGGCUGGCGGCCAGUACCACUGGGCUGCCAUGUUGAAUCCCAAGAACCGCAUUAUCUCGUGGAUCACUGGAUGGAUCAAUGUGAGUGAUACCCCAGACAGCCACCCCGCAACCCACGUUGUACUGACACAUAGAAUCAGGNUCGGCGGAUGGAUGGCUCUGACUGCCACUGGUGGACUGCUCGGAUCGCAACUUAUCCUCGGCAUCAUAUCGCUGAUGGACUCUUCCUACGAGCCUAAGAGUUGGCAUCAGUUUUUGAUCUACAUCGGAUAUAACGUGUUUGCAUUCUGCUUGAAUGCUUUUGCCAACAGAAUCAUCCCGCAUAUCGACAGAGGUGCUAUUAUCUGGUCGAUUAGUGGAUUCGUCAUUGUGUCCAUCACGGUUCUGGCAUGCGCGGCUCCAGAAUACAACUCCGCCGAACUUGUCUUUGGCCAGUUUAUCAAUGAGACUGGCUGGCCUGACGGUGUUGCAUGGUUGUUGGGCUUGCUUCAGGGAGGCUUCGGACUUACUGGCUACGACGCUGUCGCACACAUGAUCGAGGAGAUCCCUAACCCUAGAAAGACCGGACCUUUUGUCAUGAUCACUUGCGUGGCCAUUGGCACUUUUACCGGAUUCAUUUUCUUGAUGUGCCUUCUUUUCGUUGCUGGCAACCUUGACGACAUCAUCAAAUCGCCUGCUGGUCCUCUUCUGGCAAUCUUGUACAACGCUACAAGCUCGCGUGCCGGAGCAAUUUGCUUGCUCAUGUUCCCCUUGGUGUGCACUGUGUUUGCGACAAUCGCCAUCAUGACAACCAGCAGUCGCAUGGCUUGGGCUUUUGCCAGAGACAGAGGUCUCCCAUUCUCCAGAUUCUUCAGCAAAGUUCACCCGGGACUCGACGUGCCUGUCAACGCACUCGCUCUUACCUUGGCGCUGGUCAUCAUCUUCGGCUGCGUGUUCCUCGGCAGUUCCAGCGCUUUCAACGCCAUUACCAGUGCUUCUGUCGUCGCUCUCGGCAUCACCUACGCCAUCCCUAUCGCCCUCAACGUUCUCCAAGGACGUAAAGGUCUCCCCGCCGACCGCGCUUUCAUCCUGCCCUCAUGGUUUGCAUGGUUUGCCAAUUUGCUCGGUCUCGCCUACGUCGCCAUUACCUCUGUGCUCUUCCUCUUCCCUCCCGAGUUGCCUGUCAACUCCAACAACAUGAAUUACUGUGUUGUUGCAUUUGGAAUUUGGUUGUUGAUUUCACUGUUGACGUACAUCUUUGACGGCAGAAAGAAUUACACGGGUCCAAAGGUGGAUAUUGUGGAUGAGCAUGUGCUUACGGCGAGUCCUUCGCCUGAGAUGACGAGGACGAUGAAUAAUGAGGUGGAUUAUUCAGAGAAGGGCAAAGAGUCGACGUUUUAG